UUUUAGGGUUUAAUUUCGGUUUUCAGCACUCAGAUAUAUAUAAAUAGACAGAAAACCAAGAACAGAGGCUAAAUCUGGAAUAUUCAUUUUUACCUUUUUUUAUUUUUUUUUCCUCUUCCGGAGUACGACGGACGACGGGAAUCGGAGUCGUUAAAGUGCGUCGGCGGCGGUGGGGCGAAAUCGUUGGGUAAGAACAGAAUGCAGAUUGAAUUAACGGAAAUGUGGUCGGAGAAAUUAGAAGAGAAAAGAGAAGGAAGGGUAGGUUGUUCGUAGAGAAAAGGGAGAAUCGAUUUGUGAGAAAGAUUGGAAGUAAUAAUGACCGGAGGAAUGGAAGAUGCGGCGGUGAUCGGAGGAUUGAUGGCGGUGCAGUUCGUUUACGCCGGAAAUUCGGUGUUGUUGAGUUAUUUGAUGUCGUUAGGGCUUAAUCCGCUCACCGUCGUUAUUUGUUUUGCCUCUGCAACUUCUCUGUUUCUCUCUCCUCUCGCUCUUUAUUUUGAAAGGAGCAAAUGGCCCAAGAAAUUGAGUUUCAAGUUGCUACUUCAACUUGUUCUCCUCUCCUUUGGCGGAGUAACUUUGUUCCAAACUCUGCUAUUAGAAGGGAUAAAGCUGACUUCUCCAGCCAUGGCUACUGCCAUGCCAAACCUUGCUCCUGGUCUCAUCUUUAUUAUUGCCUGGUGUUGUAGAUUAGAGAGAGUGAAACUUAGUUGUGUAUACAGCAAAGUAAAGAUUUUAGGGACAUUGCUUUGUGUAGUUGGUGCUCUAACAAUGAGCAUAAUGCAAAGCACCAUUACAAUACCAGCAAAAGAGCAAAUAAUAACAUCUCCACCUACCAUUGUUUUCUUCAAUAAGGAAAAGAUUGUUGGUUGUUUGUACUUAAUGCUGGCUGUCUUCAUAUUAUCAAGCGAUGUUGUCUUGAAGGCAACAGUCCUAAGUGAAUUACCAGCUCCAAUGUCAUUGAGUGCUAUAACAUCCUUUAUUGGAGUGUUCACCACUGCAGCUGUAUUGCUACUCCAAAAUCACAACUUACAAACAGAUUGGUCAAUUCUCAACAUUAAGGAUUUACUUUCCUAUUCUCUUUUGGGAGGAACAGUGAGUGGCAUAAGCUUGAGCUUCAAUGGAUGGGCAAUGAAGAAGAGAGGGCCAGUUUUGGUGUCAAUUUUCAGUCCUAUUGGAACAGUUAUCUCUGUCAUUCUCUCUGUCUUCUCAUUAGGAGACACCAUUUCUAUUGGAAGCCUUGCUGGUAUGUUCUUGAUGUUCUGUGGGCUCUACUUUGUGCUUUGGGCAAAAGGAAAAGAAGAUUAUUGUGAUGGAAGUGGCUAUCAAAGUGAUGACUUUGAUCUUGAGAAACCUUUACUCUCUUGAACUUUCAA